AUGCGACACCAAGUGAACCACACUGCGUCGGCCAUUAUCCGUCAGGCCGUGUGCACCGUCCUCGACAGAAUAGACGCUCCAGUACCUCCUGCCAAUGGCCUUGUCUACCCUUACCGCAACAAGGAGUCAAGUGAAAAGGUCAAACAGAAUAAUAUCGAAGACCUGGACGAGUUCGGCCAAGAUGGUUGCCGUCUCUUCCUCGAUUUGUGCCUAAUGUCGUGCGGGGAUGAACCAAAAUGGUUGGUCGCUCUUGAUUCUGAAUCAGUUCAUCCGAGCUUCUGCCUUGAAAUGAUGGAGGCCGUCCUCAAUCAAUACGUCGAAAUUUUCUUCGCUUUUCCACAGUUCAUAUUUUUACUAAAAGAAAACGUCUGCAAUAUCGUCAUCAAAAACUUCUCGCCUAAGUGGAAUCUCCAGAGCCAGCUCUCGAUCGAGGCCAAAGUGGAGCAUUAUGUAAUCGCUACGAAGAUUUUAAAGGUCGUCGCGAUCAUGCUUGAGCGAUACAACAGCGUGCUCAAGACCGAGUCGGAGAUUUUUCUCAGCUUUUUAAUCAAGUUUCUUUCUGGCGAGCAGUGGCAGCAGGCGAUUGCAGUUGAAGUUCUACACAAGAUUUGCUGGAAACCAAGGCAACUACGGGAUAUUUGUCAGCAAUACGACUUGCAGAAUAAAUCAAAUGGCUCAACUCCCGUUUUUCAAGAGCUGAUCAAUGCACUUGCCUCGGUUACGUCAUCAAAGUUCCACAAGCUUUAUCGAAACAAAGAAGACCCAGAGAGCCCGAGCGAUGCGGAAAUUCUCGAUGAUUUGAGCAUCAACAAGUUGAUUCUCAAUUCGGAAACUCAAGCUUCAACCGAGCGUAACGAGAUCCCAUUUGUAUCUGAGGAUUAUGUUCUUCGAAUGUCAAUGUCAUGUCUUCUCGACAUUGCCACCGCUAUCAUCGACCUGGGCGAUAAGGAAUUGAUCAAGCGCCGCGCCGCGAAUGUCCCCAUCCACGAAAUCAACGAAACAGAAAACACGCUUCGCCAAAUGAUCAUGUCCGGCUGGUCCGGAUUGUUGCAGACAUUGAGUUUGCUCUUCGAAGCAGCACCAGAUGAGAACACUGUCAAUUCGGUAUUGGAUUUGAUGACGGCCCUGACGGCGGUCGCAGGCGGGCUAAACAUGGACAGUCCAAGGGAAGCCUUGGUCGGCACGCUUUGUAGAUUUGCCCUUCCGCCAGGCUAUCAUGAAAAGUCGUAUGCUGGGGAACAAACAUCAGGCGGGCAAGUGUUGGUAGUGGGACAGCCGCUCACGGCGUCAACGAGUUCCGGUGCUGGCUUUGUUCUGCUGACAACGCGGAAUAUUCAAGUGCUCCGCGCGCUCCUCGACGUGGCGUCAGAUUAUGGCCCUCUCCUUGGUCAAUCUUGGAGUCUUGUACUUUCUGCCUUACAGCAUCUUUCUUGGAUUCUUGGCUUCCAGUGUUCAAUAACAGGCGAAAUGACUGCCAAGGUACAGGAAAAUGGGCAAUCAACAGUUCUGACAACAGCGAUCUCACAAGAAAUUCCAAAAAUUUCGAAGAAAUUGGCAGAUGUAUUUGAGAACUCUUCAAAACUGGAUGAAGUUGCUCUCCAUCACCUCGUGAACGCUAUUUGCGAAUUGAGCACGGAAACAAUGGACCAGGCGUAUGGAAGUGCCACAAGAGAGCCAAGCCUUUUCGGAAUGGGAUUAAUACUUACAGAAUGA